AUGGCGAACCUAUGUGACCUGAAGAUAAAGGUUGGAGGCAAGCGCAUCUGUGCUCACAAAUUCGUCUUGGCCGCCCGCAGCGAGACAUGGAGCCUGGCCAACCUGGUGUCAACCGAAGAGCUGGAUCUGUCGGAUGCUGACCCCGAGGUGACCAUGGCAAUGUUGCGUUGGAUCUACACAGAUGAGCUGGAGCUGAGGGAAGAUGAUGUGUUCCUGACAGAGCUGAUGAAGCUAGCAAACAAGUUUCAACUACAGCUUCUUAGGGAAAGGUGUGAAAAAGGAGUCAUGUCCCUCGUAAAUGUCAGGAACUGUAUCCGCUUCUAUCAAACGGCCGAGGAACUGAACGCUAGCACUUUAAUGAACUACUGUGCUGAGAUCAUUGCUAGUCACUGGGAUGACCUGAGGAAGGAAGACUUCAGCAGCAUGAGCGCUCAGCUUUUGUAUAAAAUGAUCAAAUCCAAAACAGAGUUCCCCUUGCACAAGGCUAUUAAAGUAGAAAGAGAAGAUGUUGUCUUUCUCUACCUUAUUGAAAUGGAUUCACAGCUGCCUGGGAAAUUAAAUGAACUGGAUCACAACGGAGACCUUGCUUUAGACCUGGCACUUUCUCGAAGACUGGAAAGCAUUGCCACCACCCUGGUGAAUUCCAAGGCCGACAUUGACAUGGUGGACAAGAAGGGCUGGAGCCUGUUGCAUAAAGCUGUUAAGAGGGGAGAUACGUUUGCUGCUAAUUUCCUGAUUAAAAACGGUGCCCGGGUGAAUGCUGCGACACUGGGAGACCAGGAGACGCCACUGCACAUAGUGGCAUCUUACAACCCCAAGAAGCACAAGCCGGAUACCAUGGUGGAGAUGGCGCGGAUUGCAGAGUCCCUCUUAAAGGCAGGGGCCAAUCCAAACAUGCAGGACAGCCAAGGAAGAACACCAUUGCAUGCCUCCAUUGCUGUGCGAAAUGACCAUGUUUUCAGUCAACUGCUCCAGUGCAAGCAACUAGAUUUGGAACUAAAGGAUCACGAAGGAAGCACUGCCCUGUGGCUUGCGGUCCAGUAUAUCACUGUCUCUUCUGACCCGUCUGUCAACCCCUUUGAGGAUGUCCCAGUGGAGAAUGGCACUUCUUUCGAUGAGAACAGCUUUGCUGCCAGGCUUAUCCAGCGAGGCAGCAAUACAGACGCCCCGGAUACGGUGACAGGAAACUGCUUGCUGCAGAGAGCAGCUGGCACGGGAAACGAGGCUGCAGCACUCUUCCUGGCCACUCAUGGGGCCAAAGUCAACCACAAGAAUACAUGGGGAGAAACCCCCUUGCACACAGCCUGCCGGCAUGGUCUCGCCAACCUCACCGCAGAGUUGCUGCACCAAGGCGCCAACCCUAACAUCCAGACGGAGAAAGCCGUGCCUGCCAAGAAGGGGACUGCAAUACCCAGCACAGCUGAUAACGUUAGCCUGCAAACUCCCCUUCACAUGGCAAUAGCUUACAAUCACCCCGAUGUGGUGUCUGUCAUACUGGAGCAAAAAGCUAAUGCUCUUCAUGCCACCAACAAUUUGCAGAUCAUUCCGGACUUCAGCCUCAAAGAUUCCAGGGACCAAACCGUUUUGGGAUUAGCCUUAUGGACAGGUAUGCACACGAUCGCAGCUCAACUCCUUGGCUCUGGGGCCUCCAUCAAUGACACCAUGUCGGAUGGGCAGACACUGCUGCACAUGGCAAUACAGAGGCAGGACAGCAAGAGUGCGCUCUUCCUCCUGGAACAUCAAGCAGAUAUCAGCGUCAGGACUCAAGAUGGAGAGACUGCUCUCCAGCUGGCCAUCAAAAACCAGCUUCCGCUUGUGGUCGAUGCGAUCUGCACAAGAGGGGCAGACAUGUCGGUGCCUGAUGAUAAAGGGAAUCCUCCGCUCUGGCUUGCGCUGGAAAAUGACCUAGAAGAUAUUGCUUCCACUCUGGUGAGGCAUGGUUGUGAUGCCACCUGCUGGGGUCCAGGACCAAGCGGUUGUUUACAGACUCUCCUGCACCGAGCGAUCGAUGAGAACAAUGAACAGAUCGCCUGCUUUCUUAUCCGCAGUGGCUGUGAUGUUAACAGUCCACGGCAGCCAGGUGCCAAUGGUGAGGGUGAUGAGGAAGCCCAUGAUGCGCAGACGCCAUUGCAUUUGGCUGCUUGUUGGGGCCUUGAAGAAACAGUGCAGUGCCUUCUAGAGUUUGGUGCCAAUGUAAACGCACAGGAUGCAGAGGGAAGAACACCAAUCCACGUUGCGAUUAUCAACCAGCAUGGCGUCAUUAUCCAGCUCAUGAUCUCACACCCUGACAUUCAGCUCAACAUACGGGACCGGCAAGGGAUGACUCCGUUUGCAUGUGCCAUGACUUACAAGAACAACAAGGCAGCCGAGGCGAUCCUCAAACGGAGCCGGGGGGCAGCUGAGCAGGUUGACAACAAAGGCCGGAAUUUUCUCCAUGUGGCCGUUCAGAAUUCCGAUAUCGAGAGUGUGCUCUUCUUGAUCAGUGUCCAAGCCAACGUCAAUUCCAGGGUUCAAGAUGCCUCCAAGCUGACACCGUUGCACCUUGCAGUGCAGGCUGGCUCAGAAAUCAUUGUUCGCAAUCUGCUCCUUGCAGGUGCCAAAGUCAAUGAGCUGAACAAGCACCGCCAGACGGCCCUCCAUCUUGCGGCCCAGCAGGACCUCCCCACGAUUUGCUCAGUUCUUCUGGAGAAUGGCGUUGACUUUGCAGCUGUGGAUGAAAACGGGAACAAUGCCCUCCACCUGGCAGUCAUGCAAGGACGCCUGACUAACAUCCGUGUCCUCCUGACAGAGUGCACUGUGGAUGCAGAAGCCUUUAAUGUCAGAGGUCAGUCCCCAAUGCAUAUCCUGGGGCAAUAUGGGAAGGACAACGCAGCGGCCAUCUUUGACCUCUUCCUGGAGUGCAUGCCAGAAUACCCUCUGGACAAACCAGAUGCUGAAGGAAAUACAGUGCUUCUUCUGGCCUACAUGAAAGGGAACGCCAAUCUGUGCCGGGCCAUCGUGCGAGCCGGUGCUCGUCUGGGAGUCAACAACAACCAAGGGGUCAACAUCUUCAACUAUCAAGUGGCAACCAAACAGCUUCUCUUCAGGCUGCUGGACAUGCUGUCCAAGGAACCUCCCUGGUGUGACGGCUCCAAUUGCUACGAGUGCAGUGCCAAGUUUGGGGUCACGACAAGGAAGCAUCACUGCCGGCACUGUGGGCGCCUGCUGUGCCACAGGUGCUCCACCAAGGAGAUCCCCAUCAUCAAGUUCGACUUGAACAAGCCCGUCCGCGUCUGCAACAUCUGCUUUGACGUCUUGACGCUGGGGGGCGUCUCCUAGCUGCCCGCGAGCAGAGGGAGCGACUCCCUGCCAGCGGUGCCACCCCUUCGGUCUUGCAGCAGCUCCGGCCAAGACGCCUCUAGCAGAGACCAGGGAAGGGCCUCCUUGUCUUCCUCUUACCAGAGACCGAUCAACUUAAGGGACCACGCAAGCGCUCUCUUCUAGUCUAUGUUGUUAUUGUUUUGGGUAUGAAUGAUAAUGGUGGGAAAUGAUAGGAUUGGGAACAAAUUGGGAUGCGCUGCAAAGGGGAUGUGUGAAAACCGACAUCAGUUGUGUCUGCCGCUCGACUUCUUCCUGCACAGGGCAUUGAAGGAUUUUUUUUAAUGUUAUUUUUCUGCGUUUUCAGAUCAUGAAACAAAACAAACUUGGUUAAGUUGUGAAGUCUUACCACACAAUGUUGAAAGCACUUAACAUUUCCUGGGACGCUCUGUGAUGGUGAUGAUGCUCUCCCUGUUUAUGAGACCUUCCGAGAGAGAGCGUUUUGGUUUACAUUUGCUCUACCCCCCUUCUCUGGCUUUGUCAUAAAACAGCCUUGUGCACCAUGCGCAGUAGUAGCGGCCCUUCCCCAAAGAAGCUGUGGCCUUCAAACAGGGUUUUGUUUCAUGCAUUGAUCGGGGGGAAAUUGCGUGUGGCCUUACGACAAAAGCUUUACAAUUUCUCCUGUUCGAACAAGGAGAGAUUCUCGGCUCUUUUGAACUGCAGCUCCUUUGUCUUUGGGACUAUAAUGCUUCCGUCGGCUUGCUAACGUCAGAGCCAUGCUUGGUGUAAGAGGUGAUUUCGGAUAGCUUGGCUAAUACAUUCAAUCGAGGCUCAAAGGAAGAAAUGCUAAGCUCUCAGCUGGCCUUUCAGUGACAUAUCUAGUCGUAUGUUUACAGUGAGGUUGAAGGGAAGCCCUGGUGAUGGGACUAACUGAGCCAGCAUGGAAAAGGGCAGGUUAGAAGCACUAAAACACAGCGGAGGUAAGAGAUGUAUUUGGGGCAGCAACCAGGAGGUAGUUAGGUAGUGAGGGCACAGAUCUUUUUGGGAAGGUUGUGAGUCCAUCAGAGGUGAUAAGUCACAAUUCUUUAGUGAGCCAAGAUGAUGGCUCUAUUUCAUUUUUAUGAAGGUCUUCUCCGUUCAGAUGGUGUUGGUGAUGGGUCCCUAUUUUGAAGUUCUGGCUCUAAGGCACACUCAUGCUCAUCUUUACCCUCCCUCCUCGCCCUUUGCAACCGGUAGCGUUUCACGUUGGUUCCAAUUUUGUCAAAGCGUAGCGCAAAAGGGCCGCCGCAGAGCUGACUAUACAAUGCAAGAGCUGGCUUAUGGGACUUCUGAAUCACGGCAGAGAAGAUUUUCUUGGGAUUGGGCCACUCCUUUGGUAAGUUUCUGCCUUUCAGCCACAGAACAAAACCCUGGAAGGUGGACACAACUAACCCUUUUGUUUGUUGCUCCAAGAUCCAUUGGGGUGUGUGUGUGUGUGUGAAGUGUGUCUUAUCUUCAGUAACCACUACUUUUCAAGACGGGAGGGAAAUAUCACUCGUAAUCUGAGAUCGCGUACUCUCUCUUUCCAGAAUACUAACAUGUCCUGUAACAUUAUCUCCCAACAUGCAUACGUAUGUACAAAGAGCUGAAACCAGAGUGCUACUUUUUAUAUCUAUAUAUAUAUAUCUAUAUAUAUUUCUGUGAUUUAUAGAAUAUAACAGCUUUAUAUGUUAUGUUUAAAAUCCUGGGCUUGUGCAGUAAAAGGUGACUUUCUUGGGGAGGGACGCUCCAACUGAGACGCCCAACCAAUACAUUUCAAACAGGGCUGUCUCCGUUUGGGGUUUGGCUCUUCCAGCCUCUUGUCGGGCGGAAAACUGGAACUCGGUCCUCGGCGUUUGCGGGGGCCGGAGAAACGAACUUCGGGUUGGCAAAGCUGCUCUUCCUUCUUCCGCCUCCGAUUCAUUCCUUCGUGCGUCUCUCCGCUCCCCCAACUCUGCGCCGGAUAAGCUGCACCAAUUUGUAUUCUCCAUCUUGGCUCUUUUUGGGGGGACGGGGGACAUUUUUCAGGAACGAAAACAAGAUGGGAGAUGGCAUUUCACUAGGGGAAACUCACCUGUGGCCUAUUCAGAACUGGGGAAAGAUUAACCUGUUUGGACACCGGCUCCCAGCAUCCCUCUUCCAGUUAUCAUUGCUAGAGGAGCCUGGAAGUUGCGGUCCAAACAAGGUAACCUUGCCCAAGCUCUGUUACCGAUCAUCGACUGCACAAAGGCGGAUGGUUGGCAACGCAGAAAGAAUUCCCUUUGUAAACCAGGCAUUUUUCUGUGUAACUAAUUGACUAACCCAGUGAAACGGAGGAGCCUUUUCUGUGCUAUAAUGUUUAUACAGUCAACCGUCAAAGCCGUCAGAAACUAGCAGAUACUAACCCGCCGCGCCAGGGAAGGAGAACAUGGGCUUUUCCCAUCUCUGAUCCUUGGGGCAGGGCAUUUGGGGCUUCUAGGUGGACUUUGUUGGGUUGCACAUAAAAAAUAAUCACUGUAAAGCACUUUUAAUAAUAAAAAGAAAACAUUUAAGACUGAGCCUAA